CUUCUGCAGUCACUGCAGGUUGAUGGUCUUCAGCUUUGGUGGAGGGCAGUACCAGCGCAGGGACACCCGGGACACUUCUGCACCUUGCAUCUGGGUGACUAAGCUGAAGCAGCAAAAGGCAGUCUUCACCUGCUCUGAUGCUGUGCACCUCUCUGCGCCCCUCAGGUGAGGUAUGCAAUCACUGCCCACCAGGGUAACCUCCAGGCUGAAACCUUAACUCCACCAUACAUAUCUGGACAUGCUCUUGAUUGCAACCUUUUCUCAGUCACUUUGACUGGGUUUUAUAGUGCCACAAUCCUUGGAUUUUAUCAUUAUUUCCCAUAUUUACUUGAAAAGCAGAUAGGACUACAGCCUUUUUACCAAUUUUAAUAUUUGACAGUCCGGAGAGGGUUUUCUGCAAAGACACCCCAUCUGCUUGCACACAUAAGGUUCAUCACGGAAGAUCAUUCAAGAGAGCCACUUCCUCCUUCCGUACAAAACGGUUCCCAUUUGGAGUACCUUUCUUCCUCCUCUGAAUCUCAAUGAGAGCAAAGCGUGACAAGCAAACAUGCUGCUGCUCAUAGUGUUUGUGGCCACAGCCUCUUGGUCUUAUGGAUUUGCACAGGAAAUUCCCAUGCAGAGUCCUAUAUCCAUCACCAAGUUCCAAAAAAGUGCACGGAUGACAUGUGAAAUUCAAACAUUAGAGGCAAAUUUUGCUGACAUCGUCAUACACUGGUAUAAGCAGAAGGAGGGUGAUGCUCCAAAGAGGCUUCUGUUUGUUUCAGGAGGAAAAGUUACCAUUGAAAGUGUCUUUCAAGCAAACAGAUACAUGACUGAGAUAAGUUCUGUCCAGAAGCGGUGUGUUCUUACAAUAAAAGAUGUAAUUCCAGAUGAUGCUGCUACUUACUACUGUGCCUACUGGGAUCCUCACUAUUUCAAAGUGUUUGGCUCAGGUACAAAACUAAUUGUCUCAGAAAAAAGGAGUUCUCCCCCAAAAAACUCUGAAAUCCUGCAGAAAAAACAUGCAAAUCAGAUAAUGUAUGUUUGCUUUAUUGAGAAAUUCUACCCAGAAGUUAUUAGGGUGACAUGGACUGAAGACGAAAAGGAGGUAACAGACAAUGUAGUAAAAGGUGAUACUUGGAAGUCCACAAAAGAGGAUGAAUACACAAUUGCCAGUUGGUUAACUGUGCCAGCAGAGAGUGAAGACAAGAAAUACUACUGCAAAUAUGAGCAUGAAGAGGAAAGUACUUCACUGCCAACACAAGUAGCUUCUGUGAAGACUUCUCCUCAGGAAGAGGACUGCAGAACCAUUUUUAAUAGAGAUCAGUUAAUGCACAAGACAGCAUAUUUAGUAUACAUCAUCCUUCUUCUGAAGAGCUCCGUGUACAAUAUUAUCAUACUCUUCUUCAUCUAUAGAAUGUGGGCUUUAACCAAGCACCAAGGAAAGAAAGCAUAAAUGCUGUUUUAAGAAAGGGAUACAAAUCUUCAAUUUACUUUGCAGUAUGCUUAUUCAUAUAGAAUCUCCUGCUCUUGGAGCUAGAUGUAACAGAAAAAAAAAAAAAAAUUCCAAAAUAAUUUUCUGGUAUUAGUGCAUAAAGGCUCAUUUUGCUUUACUGCUGGUGUUUCUAUACCAGUCUGGUUUUCUUAAUCUUUUUCUUAAUGUUGAAUAAAGAUAGGCAAUAGGAAUAAUGCAUUUUAAUCCAAGUCCAUAUUGCAGAACGAAGAAGGUAGCCAUGUCAGAAAUAGCUAUGCAUCUAGAAGCUUGAGGGUAUAACAAGGCUUUUGACAAAUAUGCACAGAUGUGUUUUGCCACUGCAUUUAAGGCUUAAUUAGGAGCAUUCCUGUGCAGUAAAUUCACAGGUUUGGUUAAUUUUUACUUUCAGUGACUUGUUGCAACUCUCAUGUAUUCAACAAAUCCAACAAAUUAGGAAUUAAUUAUUCUGAAGUGGUAUGCUGUAAUAGACAAUUAAACAAAACUUUAAAAAGUGAACAAAAGAAUUUUGAAUGAGGAAGUCAGAUAAGAAUAAAAGCAAUUUUAAGGUGCACAAGUGCAGAAAUUGAAGAAAUCCACCAGCAACACAGUCUGAAAAUCAGCACAGUGUAAUUUAAAAAAAAGAAAACAAUCACAAUGAUCAUGAGCAUGACCUUGUUUAAAGACACCUUUUAAAACUGAACAAAACUGCAAAUAUGAAGCUCUGAUUUUCACAAAGGAAGAAAAAUUCUCAGAGACUUUGAACUCUUAAUUUCCCAGUUCCACACAUCAAUUCCUUUCAAAUUUAUGUGGAAAAAUAGAAAGGAGACAUAUUGAGAUAAAUCACUUGCUUGGUUUUGGGCAAAACACUGCCCUAGGUUUUGGAGAUAUACCUCUGCAGCAUUUACAUUCACUGUGUCUGUAAUGAUGAUAGCAAUAAAAGCUUUCCCCCAGCUGU